AUGGCCCUGCAGAGCCUGUCCUUCAACCAGGACUAUGGCUGCUUCGCAUGUGGCACCACCUCGGGGUUCCGCGUGUACAACAGCGACCCCUUCAAGGAGACGUUUUGCCGCGGCUUUGGGAAUGGCGGCAUCGGCAUCGUUGAGAUGCUGUUUCGCUGUAACAUCCUCGCAAUCGUUGGCGGCGGGGACGCGCCGCAGUACCCGCCCAACAAGGUCAUGAUCUGGGACGACCACCAGGGCAAGUGCAUUGGAGAGCUCAGCUUCAAGACGCAGGCGAGCAGCGCCCAAGUGCGCGCCGUGCGGCUGCGGCGCGACCGCAUUGUGGUGGCGCUGGAGCACAAGGUACUGGUCUAUAACUUCGCAGAUCUGAAGCUGCUGCACCAGAUUGAGACCCUGGCCAACAGCCGCGGCCUGGUGGCGCUGUCGCCCUCGGCGGACGCGGUGGUGCUGGCCUGCCCGGGGCUGCACACGGGGCAGGUGCGCGUGGAGCUCUAUGACCGGAAGCAGACGCGCUUCAUCAGCGCCCAUAACACCGCACUCGCGGCGCUCGCGCUGUCGGCCGAUGGCAAGCGGCUGGCGACGUGCAGCGACAAGGGCACGCUGGUGCGGGUGUGGAGCACCGCGGAUGGCAGCAAGCUGCAGGAGCUGCGGCGCGGCAGCCAGCCGGCGACCAUCCACUCGAUCGCGCUCUCGAAGUACUGCGAGUGGCUGGCGGUGUCGAGCGACAAGGACACAGUGCACGUCUGGGCGCUCUCCUCCGCGGUCGCCACGGGCCGCGAGGCGCCUGCGGCCGGCCAGAACGGCGCAAACAACGGCGGCGGCGGGCAGGGCGGGGCGCUGGGCGGCGCGUACGGCGCCAGCGGCGGGCAGCAGCAGGGCGGCGGCGCGGACGCGCCGGCGGGGGCGAAGAACGCGAGCCUUGCGGUCGUGAGUGCGCUCAAGAGCUAUGUUCCAAUACCAGUACCCCAGUACCUCUCCUCUGAGUGGUCUUUUGCUCAGUUCCGCGUCCCACCCCCCAGCGCCGCCGCCGCGCACCUCGCGGCCGCACAGCAGCAGCACCCCGCGGGCGGCAUCGGCCUCGGCCUCGCGGCGCCGCAGCAGGGCGGGGCGCAGCACGCGCAGCAGCAGCAGCAGCAGCAGCACCAGGGCCGCAUCAUUGUCGGCUUCAGCCCGGCGGAGCUGCACACCCUAGUCGUGGUGACGCAGGCGGGGACGUACCACCGGGUGUCGUUUGACCCAGUCAAAGGCGGCGCGAUGACGCAGAUUGAGCUGCACACGUUGGUCGCGGCCGUGGGGGCUGACGCUGAUAACGGGGACCUUGGGGGCGAGGCGGUGCUCGUUUGA